AUGUCUCAACUUUUUGGUUAUCACAUCAUGAUAGUGUCGAUAUACGUCGACGACGUUAGAGAUUUUAUCAACUUGGAGUUGGUAUGCAAGAAGUUUAGUGGUAAUAUGGAAAAGUUUCAUUUCAACCCAAUUCCAUUGAAUUCCAAAACAAUUGGUUAUUUCCAAAACAUCGAGAUGCUUCAUUUGUGGGAUGUAAAAGAUGAGAACUUUGGUAAUAGAAUUUUGAUCAACACCGAAGAAAACGAUGAUUGUGAAAAUAAAGCUGUUUUAAAGAAAGAGUUCUAUCAAAUUGUUGUGUGGUUCAAUGUUGAUUUUCAAACAGUUGAUAAAAACAAAAGUCGAAACAUCGAGUUUAAAAAUGUUUCUUAUACUCAAAAUGAUAGAAAAAAAUUUGGUAAUAAGAUACCAUCGAGCGUAACAUCGAUUGAUUAUAAAUGUUUCAGUUAUUCUGGUAGUUUAAGCAGUAUAAUAAUACCAUUGCGUGUCACAUCAAUCAGCGUUUGUUGUUUUUAUGGAUGUAGUAGUUUGACAAGUGUUACAAUACCACCCAUUGUGAAAUCGAUUGGUUAUAAAUCUUUUUCAUCAAACACAGUGGUUCAUCGAAAUUAA